AUGCAGGAAGGUGUGGUUGCUGAUGCCAUCUCAGCUCUGAGGGAGGCCACUGAAUUGGACCCGACUUCUAUGGCAGCGUGGUGUGCACUGGGUAGAGUAUACGAGGCACAAGGGCAUAUGAACUAUGCCGCCUACUAUUACCGGAAGGCUGUUGAGCUCAGGCCUGAGAGCCUCAUAGGGUGGAGGUCCUUGGGUAACUGUUGUCUUAAUAUGUGCUUUGAUGAUGAAGCCGCGACUUGCUAUGAAGCGGCGUGGAAGAUCUUCAGGAAGAGCUCUAGGAUGGAUCCGGAGGUGUACCAGGAGGUCCUACCAAAGCUGGCUAGACUCUACCAAAUGCGGGGGGACGACGAUAAGGUGGCAGAAGUCUACGCUGAGGUGCUACUACGGCGGUUUGUACAGGAUGAGACAAGGACGGAGGACCUGGGCAAGGCCACGUCCUUCCUUGUCCAGUACUACUCCGCACGC